AUGGCUACCGAAGCUGCUAGUAUUUACCCGGCUCUCCAGGACCGCCCUAUUAAAAACACAAUCUGUCUGUUCGAUGUUGAUGAGACGCUGACACCUGCGAGACGGGCCGUUACCCCCGAGAUGCUCAUGCUUCUUUCGCAAUUGCGCCACAAGUGUGCCAUUGGAUACGUCGGUGGUUCCAACCUUGCCAAGCAACAAGAACAACUUGGAACGGCCGCGACGGACGUGACCUCCCUUUUUGAUUUCUGCUUCCCGGAGAAUGGUUUGAUGGCUUUUCGUCUGGGCAAGCCUCUUGCCAGCACCAGCUUCAUUGAGUGGAUCGGCGAGGAGAAAUAUCAGAAGCUGGUGAACUUUAUCCUCAGAUACUUUGCGGACUUGCAGUUGCCCAAGAAGCGUGGUACCUUCAUUGAGUUCCGCAAUGGAAUGAUCAAUGUAAGUCCGAUUGGCAGAAACGCAAGUGUUGAAGAGAGAAACGAGUUCGAAGCAUAUGACAAAGAACACCACAUCAGAACAGAUAUGGUCAACGCGCUGAAGAAGGAGUUUCCUGAUUAUGGCCUCACCUACUCUAUCGGUGGCCAGAUUUCUUUUGACGUCUUCCCUACUGGUUGGGACAAGACCUAUUGCCUGCGGCACGUUGAAGCCGAGAAAGAAGUUACUGGGGUUGAGUACACGACAAUCCACUUCUUUGGAGAUAAAUGCUUUCCUGGAGGUAAUGACUACGAGAUCUACUCAGACCCGCGGACGAUAGGUCAUUCCGUACAUGGUCCUGAGGAUACCAUGAAGCAGCUUAAGGAAUUGUUCCAGCUAUGA